CUCUGCUCUAAAACUCCAAGAAACUCAUUCACUCUCACAGUCUGAUUCCAGCAAACCCCAUUUAACUCAUCUAGUACCUCAGAAUUGUUAAACAUGGAGACUGUUUCAUCACACACACGUGAAUCCAGCAGUAAGAGGAAAGUGAUCGCGGUAGUGGGAGGCGGUUUGGUUGGAUCUUUGAACGCCUGCUUCUUUGCCAAACGAGGAUUUGACGUUGCAGUAUUUGAAUCUCGGGAAGAUAUUCGGCAGGCAAAAGUCGUGAGGGGUCGAAGCAUCAACUUGGCCCUGUCCCAUAGGGGGCGCCAGGCCCUGAAACAUGUGGGAAUGGAGGAUAAGAUAGUCUCUAAAGGCAUUCCCAUGCAUGCCCGUAUGAUCCAUAAUACGAAUGGAAAACGUUCUCCCAUACCCUACGGCAAGAAGGGACAGUACAUCCUCUCAGUGGACAGAGCCAACCUCAACAAGGAGCUGCUAGCAGCGGCAGACACAUUUCCAAACACUACACUGAACUUUAAUCACAAGCUGCAUGAGUGGAGUCCAAAAACAGGAGCAAUGACCUUUAUUGGACCUGAUGGCCAAAGGAAGGAGUUGCAGGCUGAUCUGAUCGUAGGCUGCGAUGGAGCUUUCUCUGCUGUCAGGAAGCAGUUCUUACGGCAAAGUCGUUUCAAUUACAGCCAGACGUACAUUCCCCACGGGUACAUGGAGCUCACCAUCCCUCCUAAAGACGGAGAUUUUGCGAUGGAGCCCAAUUAUUUGCACAUUUGGCCCAGGAACACUUUUAUGAUGAUUGCCCUGCCUAACUUGGACAGGACGUUCACAUGCACCCUCUUCAUGCCCUUUGAAGAUUUCGAGAAGAUCCGCAGUGGUGACGAGGUCAUUCGUUUCUUCCAGAAAUACUUCCCUGACUCUAUACCUCUAAUAGGAGUUGAGGCUCUGAAACAGGAUUUCUUCCGGCUGCCGCCCCAGGCCAUGGUCUCCGUGAAGUGCUCCCCGUUUCAUCUGUUUGAUAAGUGUGUUCUCAUGGGAGAUGCGGCCCACGCUGUGGUCCCGUUCUACGGUCAAGGUAUGAAUGCGGGAUUUGAGGAUUGUUUAGUUAUCGACGAAAUUAUGGACCAGUUGAAUGAAAACAUUGCUGCUGUUCUUCAAGAAUACACCAGAGUUCGAGUACCUGACGAUCACGCCAUAGCUGACCUGGCCAUGUACAACUAUGUAGAGAUGAGGGCGCAUGUCAAUUCCAAAUAUUUCCUGUUCCGAAAAUACCUGGACAAUAUCCUUCACGUCAUCAUGCCAAAAACAAUCGUCCCCCUUUACACAAUGGUCACAUUCACCAGAACACGGUACCAUGAAGCGGUGAAUCGCUGGCAUUGGCAAGAUAAGGUGAUCACUCAAGGUCUGUGGCUGUGUGGAGUUGUGUCCGCUGCAGGAGGGAUGUAUGUCUUGGUCAGAAACUCUCACAAACUCCCCAACAUCUCUGCAGAGCACCUGUGGACCCGCAUACUCGCUUUAAAGCGCUUCUAAUGUCCAUGCACAGGAAAGCCUGUGUUGAUGUUUACUCACCAAAGAGCUUUCAUAGUUCUGUACUGGACCAAAAUUUAAAUCUUCAGUAUCAGUGGCAUUAUGUUGAUUACCACAGGAAAUAAUUUUAGUGUAGUGCACUUUUCCAGAUGGUUUAAAAGCAGAAAUGUGCAGCUGGUAUGAUUGUUAAAGCACUUAUCUUCUCAUCAACAUGUAUCAUCUCAUAAUGCAAAGCUACUUAUAUUGCAUUCAAGGUAUACAUGUUAUCUGUU